AUGCCUACCAACGCAGUCUCGGGUGCGAGCUGCACUAUAAGUAUCCUCGACCCAUCCUCAACGAUCUCGAUGCCUUGUACGGAGUACCUCCAGGAGUCCCUCAAAGACCCGGAGACCGGCGCUUAUCAGGAAGUUGUAACUAUCGAAUCAACUCAAUCGAGUCCGUUUGAAAUCACCGUUGAUAUUCACCCGACCGCCUACGAUCUGCUUGCAAAGAGGGCCGGUAAUGGCCAUUCUGGAUCAAGGAAGCCUUACAGAUCACUGAAGCUUUAUGACUACACCUACGACAUCUUCUUAGAUGGUGUUUAUGUUACCGGAAUGAUCUGCAAUCGAUGCAGAAAACCUGGUCCCGAGACGAUUUCAGAGGUCAUCGAGAACAACACCGUUCGUAGUUUUCAAUUCGCUCCUCUCAAGCUCGUGGAUCCAGAUAGCCAUCUCGACAAUCAUCAAGAUACAGCCUCAGCCAGUAAGAUCUGUGAAGACAGUAAAAUAAUCGAAUCACUGGGAACAAUUGAAGUGCGAGUUCACAAAUGCCAUCUCAGCCUUCGAGAAAUCAAGACAAAGCGUAAGAAAAGGAAAGAGGAUGAGUUGACCAUGACAAGCAGCGACAUGUCCUUCUUAGAAUCUUCAAAGCAAGUCAGACUGUCUAGUACGGCUGGGUUAAGUGAACCAACGCUCUUGGAGCCGGUAUCCAGUCCCAAGGCCAAGGGGAAACGCUACGUGAUCAAAUCAGAAGAAGAAAAUCCAUUUCUUCAAUUCAUCUUCAAGUACAGGCCGCGUUCAAUCUUGAUAGCCGAAGGAAUCAUCCCAACUCCAACGAUUGGAAACACUGAAGAUACAGCAAUUAUAAUUGGAUCAGACCAUGAAGGAGAGGUCAAAGAGGAGGACCAAGAUGACGAAAUGGGUAACGUCGGCGGAGGUAAAGGAAACGGGUGCGAGCGCGGUAGCAAGAAGCGAGCUGGAAACGAUGACGCUGGGGUUGCAGCGGAGACGUCGGAUCCAAAGCGGAGUCGAUUCGAGGUCGACGAAAAACCGGAUAUAACUGGUCUAACUUAA